AUGGAGCGCCGAGUGAAGCAAGCGCGGGGAAAAGACACUUGCCUGAGGACGCUCGACGUCGACAUGAACAUGCAUGACCAAAUGAAAAUGAACAACUUCUGCAUGGGCACCAUGCCUAACAGCAGCCCGAGUGGCAUCCCUAACAGCGGCUGUAACUUAAAUGUACCAACAUCUCCAAACAUAACAAAUUAUGAAGGCGGUCAGAACAUUUUCAUGGGCCAAAGCGCAAAUGGGAACGAUUAUAAUAUAGCGGCCAAGCAGAAUAUGUUGAGUCAUCAGAGUGUUCCGCCUGGUCAGCACCCCUUCAUGAAUGCGGCUAAUUAUGGGGGCAAUUGUGCGACCAAUUAUGCGACCAAUUAUGGAGCCAAUUAUGCAGCAAAUUAUGGAGCCAAUUAUGCAGCCAAUUAUGCGACCAAUUAUGAUUGUAAUUAUGCUGGUAAUUAUGACGCAAAUUGUGACGCUAAUUAUGGAGCAAACUAUGCAGCGAAUUAUGACGCAAAUUGUGACGUCAAUUACGAUAGGAGAGCGAACGGCUCCGCAAAUGAAAACAAAGCGAAUUGGCAGAACGGGAAUUCCCUGGGAAGUACACACGGUGCGAGUAGCAUGCACAUGACAGUGAAUAAUGACCACUCGUCGUAUGUAAGAGAUGGGGAAGAGGCUUUGCGUCAGGCGAAACUUUUUAUGGGCAGAAAAAAUCUUGACAACGCAAGUGGCCCCAGCGCAAACAUGGCCCAGGCGUUGAAUUGUGGCCCAAGCAGUUUACAGUCAAGUGGGCACCAAGUUACGCAGGAAAAAAUGCAACAAAAAUUGCAGUCACAUGUGCAGUCACAUGUGCAGUCAAAUAUGCAGUCAAACAUGCAGUCAAACAUGCAGUCAAACAUGCAGUCAAAUAUGCAGUCAAACAUGCAGUCAAAUAUGCAGUCAAAUAUGCAGUCACAUUUGCCGCAAAAUGUUCAGUCAAUCCCCCGCGCGAGCAACAACCUGCACAACGUUAACCCUGAACAGAAGAAUGGAAAUAUGUGCAACUACAGUGUGCAACACAACAGUUCUACUCUGAACCCGGAGCACCAAAUGAUGAGCACACAGAACGGUUACUACCCCAGUAGUAACAGCAUGGGGAACGGGAAUAAUCCUAGUAUAAUGGGGGUGCCUUAUCGCCCGCACGAUAAUGUUCUAACCCCAAAUGUGCUCGGAAUUGCUGGAGCAAAUAUUUGCACGACGAACAGCGGCGCGCAAGGACACCCAAAUGGCAUAGCAAAAGGUACACAACAAAACCAGGGUGCCAUGAUCAGUACCCAAAUGAAUGCCUGGAAUGGGAAGUCCCAUAUCGGCAAGGGGGGCAGUGUGGUUGUUGGGGCGAGUAAUGUUCUUCUCUAUGGCAAUAAUAUUAUGAACGGUGAAGGUGUGAAGAUGGGGGAAGAACGUGCAAGAGGAACGGGAAGUAAUUACCAAGGCGUGGUGGAUGGCUACGAUGGCAAUUAUGGUAGGAGAAAUUACGGCAAUGGUAGCAGUAACGUUGAUAAGCGUCAUGGCAACGUUGGUGCAAGUUGCGUUGGCGGGGUUAACGACCCUGGUGGAAAUAUCAACAACCGCACCGCUAGCAAGGGUGCGUGCAGAAGUACCCAAUAUAAUAAGGGCAACAUAAUGACUCCUCAGAAAAAUAAGAGCAGUGUGGGGAUAAAUAUGAGUGGCAAAAAAUCUGAACACAUUAUGCAGAACGUUAACAGAGUAUUAGGUGCAAAUGGUCAGGUAGGAAGGAUGUUAGAAGUUCCACAGGAGGGUUCUUCCAUAUUGAAUAAUAUGGAAGUGUUAAACGAUUAUAAUAAAGUACAAGGUAAUUUUUGUGGAGGUGAGACUAGUACAGUACCCUCUUUUCCUAAUCUGAAUAAAAACGGUGUUAAUUUCGUCGACCCGCGGAAGGGUGCUGAGAGUUAUGUUUCGAUGAGCGGUGCCCCAUUGGGUGUUGCAAUGGGUAAUGCCAACGGAAUAGGUCCAUACAACAGUAGUAGUAUACAGAAUUUCACGGGCGUUGCGGAUCAUGGCAAGCAAGUGGUUGAAGUUAGCAAUACACACGGCCCUAAGCUUGACGCCGCCGCUCAGCAGUCGUAUUUGUUAAGCAGUAACAACACGGGAGGUGCACUCCCCGGAAGUAGUAACAUGGAGAACAGCUUCAUUGCGGGGGGGCCCAACCUGAUGAAUCAAGGGGGUAGUUCCUGGGCGAUGCAAAACGGUAGUGGUGUGAUCGGUGGUGCACCAGUUGGUGCUGGUCGUAGUGGUGGAAUCGGUGUCGGAAGCAACCCCGCGAGCAAUUUCCACAGUGGCUUAAACAGUUCCGGGCAAGUCCCUCAAAGGGUAGGCAAUUUUAUCACUAGGGGGAAUGCGAACGACCCAACUGGUAAUGGCAACGGUGCUGGGCAUAGCAUCGAUAAUAAUGCGAAUGGGAAUAUCGUGAGCAGUUACCACAAUAACAUGAACAACAAUUUUGUGAGGAAUAAUACUGAAUUUUUAAUGAACGCAAGGAAUGAUAAUAAGAGCAAUGAGGGUGGCGAUGCUUUUUUCAAUGGUAGUGGUCAUAUAGGUGGCAUGCUCCGAGCGGGGCACGCCGAUAGUUACGCGGGCGCGCACGGUAGCAAGCACGUCAGCACCAAAGAGACCCCAUUUCCAAAUGACAUGUCCAACAUGUCAACCAAAAGGGGAAACCAUCAGUUUAAUGUGGUAAAAAAUAUGAACAUGGUUCAGUCGAGCAGUUACCCUGCGAAUGUAGCCAAUAAUCACGACAUGCAGAUGAAUAACAUGAGUGGUUACCAUCAGCCACAUUCCAUGAAAGAGGCAAAUAGUAGCAUGACCGGUGUACUCCGUAGUUCGGUUAACAGCGCCAUGGUGAACGUGGGUCUGGGGAAUAAUGGCCAAGCAAGCCACUUCAAUUCGUACGGCAAAGUCGACAAUGACAACAACCACAACAACAACAACAACAACAACAACCACAACAACAACAACAACAUGGGCGACGGAGCGAAAGGAUCCUACCCGGAAAAUGCUUCUCUAAAUGGAAACAGAAUAUUCCUAUGCAGCAGUAAGUACCUUAACGGUAGUAGCACCGUGAGCGUUGGCAAUACACCUCAUGAUGGCAGUUUAAGUACACGGAAGAUGAACUCAACUGGGGGGGGUUGCAACAUGGCACCUCAAGGAUCAUUGAUGAAUACAUCGAGGAAGGAUAUAUCAUCCCCAGCGCAUAGUACAAAUGGAAAUUACAGUGCUAAAAAGGCAUUUUCCGGUGCCAAGGCAAACACGUCCAAUUUGUACUCGGCCAAAGGAGGGGAAUAUUAUCCUCCCAUGGGUAAUAACGGUGCAGUGAAUGGUACAACUGGUGUGUACGCGGGUAGUAAUGGGAAGAACACCGGUAUGAACAGCGAAAUGGGAAAUUCCUCCAAUAAUUCUCCUAUGAGUAUGUCCAGCCGCCAGGUGAACAACCUAACAACCUCGUUAACGAACACAGCGAACGAAAUUGAUCAUCUGACGAACAAUCUGACAAGUAGUCUUUCAAACACCAUGACGAAUAACGUAACCAAUAAUUUAAAAAUAGUGCACAAUAAUAAUAUUACGCAAAAAAUUAAUAAUAAUAUAUCCAUCAAUUUAUCAAACGGAAUAAAUGGUAUGAAGAAUGUUAACCUAACCAAUGUUCAUAAUUUCAAGAAGAAUGUUUUGGGGCAAGGAAGCGUGGGGAAUAUGCCUUCAAUGGGGGAGGUGAACAAGGGUAUAUCAAAGUUGGAAUCUCCGGAGAAUUUCGGAGACUCUGUUACCAUUGCUCCGGGUAGCAGUGGUAAUGGCAAUAUGAGUAAUAACGUGUACAGGGGGGAAGCAGCGACCGAGAGGCGCAAUGGAACGCUACCGAGUUAUUACGUGGGGAAUGGAAGUGGUGCUCAUGGAAGCCCUGUGAACGACGGCGGUGCCCAGAUGAACGGAAACUACGGUUUGCUAAAAAUGAUAACCAAGGGAAACAGUCUCAACUCAGCAGAUGCAAGAAAAGCUCUGAUGAUGCAGAGAAGAGGAGUAUUGGACUCAGGUGUAGGAACCACCCACGGAAAUGCAGAGAACAUUAGUGGCUCAGGAUCGAGGAGUACUGUUGGCACAAGCCAUAUUUCCCAAUUGAGCGUAAUGACGAAGGGGGCCAACGGUACUGCACCUAUGAGUAGUAUGAGCAGUUCUAUGUACAACAAUUUCCAUGAUGUACACAACAAUAAGAGUAUGGUGAGGAACCCCGUGAAGAUGAAGAACGCAACUGCCAAUGUUAUCAGUUCGGGUGGUAGGAUGAACGACCCAGUGCAUAAUAGAUAUGUACUAAACAGUGGAAGGGGAAGUGGUAGUGUGAGCUCCAAUCACCCAAUGAUGAAGGAGUCGGCAUUGAAUAAUAAGUUAAUGGCGCUGAACAGGAAUGGAGGGGUAUGCGAAGACAGCGGUCAGAAUUGCUACCCUGCUGAGGGAAACGGAAAUCACCUAAGUGGAAACUACAUAAUGGGUAAAGAAAAUAUGGAUUCACAUUUGGACCAGAAGGGUGAACUGUUAGGCUCUCCCACCGGGGGUAGUAGUAGGGGAUCUCCUUCCCAUUUGGAUAAAAAUGAAUUUUCCCUUUUGGGAAAAAAAAAAAAUUUCAAUGACAUACAUAAUAAUGGCAAUGGUAUAAUGGCUAGCUCGAAAAGGGGUUCUACCCAAUUAAACAAGGUUAUGCAAUCUGGUAACAUGGUUAGUAGCAGUGAUGAUAGUGAAGCUAUGAAGACUAUGCAGAGGGGAAAUAACUUGCCUGGUAUGCAGAGCACAAAUCGUGUUACCACAUCUGAGGUGAAUAGUGGGUUGAGCAACCCAAACCAUGUAGCUAUGGCGAAUGGGGCGAAUUUACCGAAUGGAGCAUUCGCCGCGGAAGAGAGUCUGCGGGCACAAGACAUGAGCAGAGUGUACAGCAGGGGUACCUCGAACUUUGAGCAGGAAACGAUUCAACAAAUGGGAGGAAGGGAUGGCUACUUCGGGAACGUCCAAAAUGGUGCCAGUGGAGGUAAUUUUAACUUGAACCAAGUGGGAGGCCCAGUUGAUCUGACCGUGAAUAGCAUACAUGGUGGAAGUAACCAUCCCCAUGGGGAGCUAUACUCUGGUAUGUAUGCUACCCCGAAUGAUGGGAAUAUGUAUGUCUACGGUAGUAGGGAUAGCGGAAACGUCGCGAACAGUGUGUAUGCAAACCAAGGAGGGAUGAGCACACAACAUGGUGGAAACUAUCCUUGUGUAAACCCUAACCAGUACAACAAUGGAAAUUUCUCCAAUUCCUAUGAAGAUCUACAGGAAAAUGGAAAAAGCGGGCAUGUACAGAACGGAUUCAACGAGACAAUGGAAGUUUCCCCACAGAACAAAGACCAGAAGACUCCCGUUAACUUAAACAAUAUUAUAAGCAUAAAUAACAAUUUUAAUAUGCUAAUAAAUAGCAUGAAUAUGGAUGGGGUGGGUGGAUUAAUUGGCAUGGAAAACAACAACAGGGGAGAUGCUAACAAUACCAAUGGUACAUAUUAUGGAAGUAGCAGUAAUGGUCAUGUUGGUAGUGCAAGUAAUCAUCUCUAUAGGGACGAUAUGAGUAUGGCCUAUGUACAAGGAAAUAAUUUCCCAAGGAAGGUAAGCAACAGUGCUGAUUUGGGAUCCCCUACAGGUGGAUACAACAGAAUGGUGAGGGAAACCGACGGAAAUAGUAACGCACUUGGUGCGAUGCAGGGGCAGAUGGAAUUAAGUAAUAAUGGGCAAGGAAAUGUCAUGGCGAUGAAUUACCCCAUGCACAAUGUAGGUAACAGGAGUGGGGAUUUGUGUUAUUCUGGGGAUGGGUCAGGUAUCUCCCCUACUUCAUCUAACAAUGGAAUGAAAUUAGAAAACGGAAACAGUUUACUCCACAGCGUAGGUAGGAACUGGCGUCUUCAGGACACUGCGAGUGCUACAUCGAAGUCGACAAGUAUAGGUAGCACUUUGUUUGAAGAGAACAUUCUGUCGAUAGGUGGAGGGAAUACACCUCACAAUGCAUUGGGCUUUGGAGGUGCUAAUGGGAAAAAUAACCUUGAGUAUAAGGUGCACAGUACAAAUAAUGCGCAAAUCCCCAUGUACAGUUGUAAUGCAAAUGGCUUUAAUGGUCAGGACCACCAUCCCCAGCUAGCCAAUAUGGUCAUGCAACAGAAUACUCAACAGAUGAAAUCUACAUCUGCAAAGGUUUCCUGCAAGAGGAAGAAAGUCGAUAGUGUAGGAGAAUCGAAUGGAAAAGUGAAUGGUAAAAAUGUGUCAGCUAAUAAUCCUAAGAGGGCAAGAAAAAAAAAAAAUGACAAUGUGAAUCAGGCCUCGGGGGUAUCCAAUAACGAGACAGUAUUGAAAUCCCCCCAGAUGGAAAUGAAUAACUGGAAUGGCUCUUUCUGCAUUUCCAAGGAACCUAAGGGUAAUGAUAAUAAGAGUGAAUGGACCAAUGAGACAAAGAACAUGCGCAAUGGACAAUCAUGCAUUGAAAUUAGAGACGAGGUAGACACGACGCUUAGGAACAAUGGAGAGGGAAAAAACACCACCUACCUGGAAGUAACUAGUGAGUGUAGAACUGCUGGGGAGAACUAUAUUACACCGAGCGUAACCAACGCUGAUGCAAUGGGAGGAGGAUCAGAGGAGAAUAGCAGAUUGGCAAAUACGCCAAAUGGUGCAAGUAGCAUUAAUCGUGAAAGUGCAAAUGUGGAAAAUGUGCAUUCAUCUUAUGUGAACAUAGAUGAAGGAAGUAGUAAUGUGGUAGGAGCAGAAGCCAUUGUAGCAGGAUGCAUUCCUCCUCCUCCUUCUCCUGAUGGGGCAUUGUCUACACAGGAAACCCAUUUCAGAAAUGCAGGUUAUCAGCUUUCCCCACGGAAUUUGGACGAAGCGGCUAAUGAUAAAUGUGUAAAGAACGUUUUGUAUCCAAGCUUAGGAGUGAAUAAUAGUAACAAUCAAGAGAAGGACGACGCGUCUACGGUGGAGAGUCCAAACAUGGUGAAUUCCCCCCGUGCAAAUGAUGCAAAGGAUGAACAGAAGAAUGCCAUCGAAAUGAACAUUAACAUGUCGAUCAAAAGUAUUGAGGAGUCUUUUACCCAAUACAAUGAUUCGAGAAAAAAUAAGGACACGGAAAAUGGGGAAAAUGGCGCCAUGGUGGUAGAUGUAGAUGAUAAUGGCACUUUGGCUAACCAGCGUGCCGACUGCAUGAAUGACGAAAGGAAUGAAAACCCAAACACCAAGAACUGUGAUAGUAGUAUUUAUUCCACUGUAGGAGAAAUAUUUAACCAACCCGAUGUGUGCAAUUCGAAUGAAGAACGUGAGGGGGAAAAUGGAGAUAGUUGUUCAGGCAAAGCGGAAAACAAGGAAGGAAGUAUCCCUGGCGAUAAGGACGUGCGCGAUAAGCCUAUUGACGAAUCACUUGUAGAAACGUCGAGGGAAACCAACGGGGAAGGUCAUGCAGCGAACCAAUCCGAUCAGGUGGAAAAGGGAGCGACACCCAAAUGUGCGAACGGGGAGAACAUCGCUUACGAUAGAAUAGUGCUGGAUGAUGUGUGUAAGAUGAACUACGACGAGCUGUACAUUAGUAACGGAGGGGAUAUUCUGAGGGAUGAAAAAGGUGCAGAAGCGGCAAAGGAAAAAAACUAUGAAGAUGAAGGCGAGGCAAAGGAAAAAAACUAUGAUGAUGAAGGCGCGGCAAAGGAAAAAAACUAUGAUGAUGAAGGCGCGGCAAAGGAAAAAAACUAUGAUGAUGAAAACGCGGCAAAAGAAAAAAACUAUGAUGAUGAAGACGCGGCAAAGGAAAAAAACUAUGAUGAUGAAAACGCGGCAAAAGAAAAAAACUAUGAUGAUGAAGACGCGGCAAAGGAAAAAAACUAUGAUGAUGAAAACGCGGCAAAAGAAAAAAACUAUGAUGAUGAAGACGCGGCAAAGGAAGGAGAAGCAUAUCUGGUGCAGAAGGGUCAUGACGAUUGCAGUACCACCUUCACGAAUGAUGAAAGGAAGGAUAGUGAAAAUGGUAUUCUGUCUGUGUAUAAUUUGGAGAACGGGGAAAAAUUUCAAGUAACAAAUAGAGCUUAUAAUAUUUUUGAAGAACAAAAGGGGAGUAAAAAUGCAAAAGAAUUUGAGGAAGGUGGUUCCACUGUAGGUGAAGUGGAUGAAGAGAAUCUGGAUGGAGAGGAACAGCGUGAGAAGGGAAGUAUGCAUUAUGCGUCUGAAGGGAAGGCGGAAAAUGGAGAUCGCCCAUUUGAUGUGGUUAAAAAUUAUGUCGGCGAAGAUGAUGAUGAGUGUGAUUACCCCGUCAAUGGGGAUGAACACAUUGAAGAAGGUACUACCAAUAAGGAUGGCGGCAGUGAAGACAAAUUUGCGAAGGAGCAAGGAGACGGAGAAGAAGUGGCACCUUUAGGAGAAACAGUGAAUGAAGAAAAAAACAAUAUCCUACAAGUAUAUGAUUUUAAAGAAGAGUACCUCAAGAAGCCACAGAAAAUUACACUUGUCUUGAGCCAGAAGAUACUCAAUGAGCUUGAAAUUAUUUACCAAAGAAUAAGAAAAGUGAAGUGUGCUGAUGGAGACCAAAUAAACUUUAGUGUUUGUAGAAAGGUUAAUCGCAGAGAAUUCACGGCAUUAUGGAGUUACCUAGCCGGCAUCAUGAACGGGAGUUACAGGAAAAACGGAAAAUUGAAAAUUGUUAAACUUGUUAGAUCUAAUAUGCUGCAGCAGAUUUUUUAUGAGAAGGGAGAAAAGCCAAGAGUGCUCACGCUCGAUUUUCAUGUAAACACCCCGGAGGAACUGCCCGACGUCCAAGGCGGCAUUGUACGAUUAGAAUCUUCAUUCAUAACGAAUGAGGCCACGAAGAGGGAACUGGACACUCUCAUAAAGGGAAAUUUUGACAUCACGAAGGAUUCCUUAUCCCUGUGCACUUCACCAGUUUUUAAUAUGUAUAAGAAUAGUAGCAAUUUCAGCAUGCUGUCUACGUUUCAAGGGGAAAUUAUUCAGUUGUACGUUUCCUCGGCGAAGGCAUGCAAGGGGAUCAUAGAAGUACACGAAGAUGGAAGUGGUUUGGAGAACGCAGAAAAGAAGUUUUUGAUAACCGUCCGUGCCAACUGCCCAGAUAUUCACGAAUUUUUGAAUAGUUUCUCUGAAGUCAUUUUUUAA